AUGAGUAAUCGGAUUCGUAUCGCUGCUCAGGUCGCAGCUGCGAUUGUUUAUCUCCAUGUUGGCAAAUCAAGACCUCUGAUCCAUAGACAUGUGAAGACAGGUAACGUUUUACUGGACGAUAACUUAAACGCCAAGCUAUUUGAUUUCGGACUUUCCCUAGAAAUUCCUUUAGGUGAGACCUAUGUACAAGCAUUGGUUGAAGGAACAAUAGGGUUUAUAGCUCCAGAGUCAGUAGAUACCGGAAAAUUUAACGAGAAGACUGAUGUUUUCGCAUUUGGUGCUACGUUUAUUGAGCUCCUGACUGGAAGAGAGCCUCAUGAUGUGUUCAAUGAAGCCUCUCGUGAUCUGUUUCCAAGCCUCACUCCAGCUGCAGAGUCUUCUCUAAGGCCUGUUCCUUUACCCACAAGAAGAGAUCUUUUGGUGUUCUUGAAAUAA